AUGACCAAUACCGGCCCAAACCUGGACGCUAUCGACAGGAUUCCUGAGAUGGCGGCACCGCCAUCUCCAGAUGAGACGGUGGAGGUGGUGCUCGUAUUGAAAGCCCCAUGGCUGGAAGAGAACGCAUUCCAGGCCCAAUUGCAGAGACUGGUAUUGUCAGUUGAGGCCCAGGUUGUCAAUGGCAGCGUGCCCGGACACAACAGUCCUCCGGCUACGGACACCAUCUUUAAAGGCACCGUCGACGAUGUUAGCGACCCUUUCAUCCUGGUUGGGGAAGAAGAGAGCGACUCAGAUGAGGGAGCAACGCAGUUUGUGUAUGCAGUCUGGAAGCUGCCCGUGUUCCUUGGUCGACCGCGCCUGCGACUGCAUAGCCCGUCCAUCGUUUUCACCGCCUCCGCCAGCCUGAAUCCAGACAUCAAAGCCGAGCUCUCUGCAGGGGCCAAUGGAUAUCUACCCAGCGGUGUCCCCUCUGGCUUCAACCUGCUCGAGUCCUUUGGGAGCGAUCCACUACUAAACGGCGUCAAACCACGACUCUCUGCUCUGCGCGUGUCCAAGGUGACACCCUUGACCCGGCAACAAGAUCUCAUGCAGCACAUACGGGCCAUGCAACAGCUCAAGCUCAACAUACAUCCCAUUCUACAUGCCCGAGUUCGCUUCACUCGCCCAAAUACGGCACCCGCGACACCAGCGGUCAUUGCAAUGCUAGAAGUGGACUUUACCCCCUUCUUGGAGUGCAGAGUCACCAUCGACAAGAUCCACCUCUCCGUGUCCGAGACCACGAUCAAGGACCUCACUGAUGUAGAAGGCAUUGCGUUGCCACUGCCCUGCGUCAAGCAUGACCAGGUCACUUUCCUCUACCACAUUACCCCGUUGGACGCCGAUGCACUCUCCGGCCGAAAUGCCACCCGCGACCUAGACAUCUCUAUAUCAGCGACAGCGGCGCUGAUCCCUGGCACCUGCACGCCCACACUCACCAUGUCAUGGAGCGCGUCGGUGGACUUCACGACACCUGUCAACCCAGGCUUCGGCCCAACACCUGGGACAUCCAGCAUCCAGCGCGCCCACCGACCGUCACAACUGUCCAUCGGUGGCGGACAGGCGGUGACAUCCCUCAAAUCACCUUCUGUCACACAGCCCGACGCCCUCCCUUCGCUCGAGGCUGCCACAACCCGGAACGAGAAGAACAUCCCUGAUCUAGGGGUGACCAUGUCCUUCACGGCACCCACAACGCCGAUCCAUGUAGGGGAGAGGUUCUCCUGGUCCGUGUACAUUGUCAACCGCUCUACGGAGAAGGCAGCCCGUCCGCCCCGAAAGUUCGCCCUCCUCGCGAUCCCCAAACGUCGCAAAAGCGAACAUCGCACAACGAGGCCAUUGUCAUCGUCUUCGCACCGUCGCGGCGCCAGCCUGCGCGGGGGCGGCAAACCGGCCCCUAUGGACGUCGCGGACCCUGUGGUGGAUGAAAACGUCCUCCACGCCCUGCAGAAGAACUCGGCCACGGGGGACACGGAUGUCAUCUGCUUGACGGCGGACGCUCGGUUUGGCCCACUCGUGCCGGGCGCUUGUCAUCUUGUCGAGCUGCAAUUCAUAGCAAUGACCGAGGGCAUUGUGGCAUUGGACGCCAUAAGGGUUGUCGACCUAUCCUCACAGGAGCAUGUUGACAUUCGAGAUUUGCCUAUGAUGCACAUAGAGCCAGCGCGAAUAUCAUAG